AUUUUCUCUUUUAUAAAUUGAAGUUAAUGAACCUUCAAAACUUUGCCUAUAUUACGAUGUCUGCUAGUAAAUUUUGGGAAAAUUAACUAAAAACUCCAAAAAAGGAAGAGGAAUCAACAAUAUGUAGUUAAUAAAACCAACCUUAACCAUCUAUACUGGAAAUUUCAGCAUAGAAGUGUGAGGAAUACUUAUUUGAUGGGGAGGAGAAAAUCUAAUCUUUAGCUGAAUCAAUAGAUGAAGUUGAAUAAUUGGUUGAAGAAAAGAUAAAGCUAAAAGAUGAAGACAGUUCCUCAUAGAUGUCUGAAAAGGAGAGUCGAAGAGAAUAAAGAAAGUCUAAAACAACUUCUAGUAAAAGAAAAGGUUAGAAUUUAUUUAUAUUGUAGGAAAGAAGAGACUUACUAUUUAAUAGAAUCGUUUUAUAAUGGAAAAUAUAAGAAGAGGCUCCAAUUUUAAUCAAAUUGCUUAGUAAAUUCCUGGAAGCACAAUAAAUUCAAUCAAAAGAUCGUUCAUUAAGAAACUUAGAGUUCUUAAUGAAGAAUCUGAAGAAUAGGACAUUCAAAAUACCAUGAUUCGGAUAUAAAAAUUGCUAGAGUAAGAUUAUUUUUUACUAAAUAUAGGGAUUAGAAUCUUGACAGAGAGAAAAAAAUAAAGGAACUCAAGAUAUUGAUUUCCAAUAUUGAGAAUCAUCUGCAUCAUACAAAAUAAUUAAUUCUAAAGAAAUACUUAUCCUUAUUUCAAUAAGAGUGAUCUUUCAUAC